GUGAAGUUGACGUUUACUAAAAUUGUUUGGUUAGACACAGUUUGAGUUCAUAAUAUUCUCAAGAUUAUUAACGAAAAUUACUUAAUCGAGUUGCAUACUAAUGAAUAGAAAACGAUUCAAUUCUUUCUGAGAUGGGGACUUCGUCCAGCCAGCAUGUGGAUUAUGCAACCAACGAAUACUUACUUCGGUUUGUUGGUAAAGAAAGUAUUUCUCCAAAUAAUCCGUUUUGGAACAGGUUUCUUACAUUUACACUGAAGCCACCAUUGAACAAAGCAGAGGAUGAAGCUCUCAUGCAGAAGAUUUUACCGUUGUGUGAAGCGCUUAAGGAGAACAACCUGCAGACAGGGAAUUUGGCAGCACUGCUUCACGUAUUGUUCACUGUCUCGCCAGAAUUGCUCGUCUCUACACAGGUGGAGAACAAUAUGUUCACCUGGCAAACAUUUAAUUCCUUGUUUAUUCUUCGAUGUUACACUAAGUAUCUCGUGCAGAGCGGAAAAGAAGUGGACCUUCUGAGACACAUAGAAACCAAAGCCAAUGGAAAGGAUGACGAAGAAUCACUGCUGAACCUAUACGUGAACACAUUGAUAGAUUUGAUAGUGUUUCUACCUGUUGUGGACUUGACGUACGGCCUUUAUGUGGAAGCUAUUAACUGCCUUAUUGUUCUGCUCUCUGUUCAACUUUUCACAACUCAAACAGCUGAUCAACUUCAAGUUUAUAGGUUAGUUAUGGAGAGUGACAGAGCAGAGAAACUGACGAUGGUGCUUGUGCAGAGAUACGUAGAUCAGCCUCGACCUCCGCAGUCCGGGGGAAGUCUACUGCUCGGACUAGCCUCCGAUGUGUGGAGUUAUCUGACCGGAGGACAAGGUCCGGAGACUUCUACGCUGGGUAACCAAGCCGUGUUGUUGUUGCUGCUGCUCAUCAACCAUUGUAACAACCCUCGCAAUCCGUACAGAGAAACUCUCAAUAACUAUUCUGAGAAUCUCGGUGGACUGCUGACAACAUUGUGUUCUACGUUGGACAGAGAAGAAACAACCCUUUUUCUCUACGCUUUGGUUCAUCGAAAUCAAAACUUCAAAACCUACCUAGUCUCUCGAUCAGACAUAGAGUCCUUGGUCCUUCCCAUAUUAAGUGCUGUGUACACAGGGCCAGAUGAGAACUGCCAUCAUGUUUACAUGAGUCUAAUCAUUCUUCUGAUUCUCACGGAAGAUCCACUCUUUAACAAGACAGUUCACUCUACGAUGCUCAAGACCGUGCCGUGGUACACGGAGAGGAUGGUUUUGGAUAUUUCACUCGGAGGCCUUAUGAUUCUAGUCACGACUCGGACGGUCCAGUAUAACCUGCUCAAAAUGAGGGACAAAUACCUUCACACAAACUGCUUGGCAGCUUUGGCCAACAUGUCCUCACAGUUUUACGAACUACAUCCGUACGUCUGUCAGAGGUUGGUAGGACUGUUUCAGGUUCUGGCGAAGACACACGCAAGGGCAAACUCCGAGCAAGGUACAGUUCAGGAAGCACUGAGGAUACUUCUAGAAGUAAUCAACUCUUGCCUAUCCCAUCAGCUGAUCCACAAUACCAACUUGGUGUACACUCUGCUCUACAAGAAACAUGUGUUUGAACCGUUCAAGAACGACCCUGCGUUCCAAGACGUCAUUCAGAAUUUGGACAUGGUGAUAGAGUUUUUCACCACUAAGCUGGAGAAGGAAGAGGAUCAGAAUACAGACGUGGACGUGGUCAUGGCUAGAGUGCAGCAGGCAGCUCUGCAAUGGCCUACGGACAGGCUCAAGAAAUUCCCAGAACUGAAGUUUAAAUACGUAGAAGAAGACAAGCCGGAGGAGUUUUUCAUUCCGUACGUUUGGUCGUUGGUGUCGCAACAAUCUAGUCUACAUUGGGACGCCUCGCUGUUCAAACAAUGCUGAUAGUAGCGUAAACAGCUGUGUGUCAUAAACUGCCGUCAUUGGUUACAGCUGAUGCUUUGAAGAAUAUUUUGUGAGAUACGGUUACUUUUUUCUAUUGCUUAUAUCUACUUUAUACUUUUACAAUUUGUUUGGGAAAUUGUUACCAAUCCGUUUAAGUUAUUACAAAUAUUGUUUGUAAUCAGUAACGGUUUUUUUACUUUAAUCGAAAUAUCAAUCAUCAAAUCUAAAUCUUUCAAACAGUGAUGCACGAUUUGGUGCAUAUUUUAAGCUAUGUUAACACAAGGUGAGUGCAGAAUGGAGUGAGAUGAUCUGUGAUGCUUUAUUACUCACUAAGAUCAGCUGUUUCAUUUAUCAUUAAAAAAAAAAUUAUUAAAUAGUAGGCCCUACAAUGAUCAAGGAUAGCUGGGCCCACUUGCGAACCAUCAAAAAGCUACUGACUUUUCUCAGGAUCAAACCGGCAGCCCUUAAUAAAUAAUAAUAAUAAGUCAAUCAAUCUCAUAUUCAAUUCAAUUCAAUUCAAAUUAUCUUUAUUCAUCAAGUACAUUAGAAAUAUCUACAUGAAUAGUGUCACAUUUCUCAUAAGUUAUAAAAAAAUAUACAUGCUUAUUGUGGUGGAUGAUUGUGAUAGGUUAAAACUUCAUCAUCUUUUUUGACCUUUGAACUCAAGUGAAAAUAAAAAUAACCUCACCCUAGCAAACCUGCAGACUAAGCAAACUUCUAUAUGCCUGAUUGAAUUUUCACUAAAUUAUUCCCUUAAAAAUGUCAAAUGUAUUCCCUAUUUAAUAGCAUUAAAAAGAUUAAACAAGAACGGUUUGCUGCUAAAGGAAAGCGAAAAAGUGUAUUUUGGUGAAAUAAUAGCUUAGAAUGGAAUAAAUCAAUUUGUCAAAUUUGAUCAAAAUACACUCAUUGAAUAACCAAUUGAUCAAAGCAUCUACUGUAACCUACAACUUUGUAUUACACCUUAGGAAUAUCAGUUAACAUGACGACUAACAUAAAAAAUGCAAUGUGUACAUAAUAUUAUUUAUUUAAGUGUAGUUAUUGUUUUGGAAAAACAUCUUACCUUUAGUGUUCAUUUUGGUUUAGAUUAUAGAGAUUAUACAAUUUAUUUAUCAAAGGUGUUUUGUUGGUACUAAAAUGUUUAUAACUUACGGUAAAAGAAAACACAAGAAACACUAGCAAAACUAAUCAUUUGAAUACUUUGUAUAUUUAAAAAAUGUUAUUUAUUUCAAUUGUAGAUUGUUUUGUAGUUUAAUAUUUUAGUUUGAAAGAUAAGCGUUAAUAUUCAUCAAUAAAAACGUUUUAACAUAUUUAUUAUAGAAAUACUAUAGUUUUUUAGUUCUAUUUAUUUUCAAAGAAAAUUAUAUUUACACCUCAUUGACCUUUUAGGGUCUUGUUAAUGUAAAGUCAGUUAUAAACAUGAUUUUACAAUUACUUUAACAUUACUAUGUUUUGCUAAAUUGAAUAUAUGCACCAAAAUAAACAAUGCUAAAACCAAAUUUCAGCGUUGAUUAUUACUCAAUUCUAUAAUUUGAUAUGGUAACACACCAAAGCAAAGAGCAAAAUAAAUCUUAUUGACAUAUCGAGUCAUUUUCAGUCAUUAUCAAAUACUUAAAACUGUUCAUCAAUCCCUAGAAUAAAAAUAUCAAUUUCAUCACCAACUUUAUUUAUAUGUGAAAAAUGUUGCCUUUCAAUAUGUUAUGGAUACCAACAUGCUAGAAACCAAAAAGUACCCGUUUUACCUAUGUGUUUUUUAUGUACAUAAUCGGGGCAAGGCUAGGUUAUUAGUUUAAAAUGUAGAGUCUUCUUUUACAAAGGCCUAAAUUCCAAUACUUCUAACAGCUGAAAAGCAAUGACUUUUAGCAAUGCAAUAAUGAAAUAAUGCUUUUUUCUGAGGUCCACCUCCCACCUAUCUAGAAAACGAAAAAGGCAAGGAGAACUAUUACUGUAUUUGUGAACUUGUAUUGUAUUGGUGACCUUCUUUUACUGAAAGCCAUUAAUUUAUUUAAUUGUUUUAAAUUGAUAAAUAAUUUAAAUCUAGUAACUAUUGUCCCCUGCAGUAUGUUAUUACCAAGAACAUACAGGUCUAAAAAUAUUUUUUUUAUAUUAUGGAGAAUAGUUUCCUUAGCAAUUUGGAAUUCAGCGUAAGUGAACAAAAUUUUAAAUUUAAAAAUUACUGUUUAUUUAACGAAUGUACAAUUGAUGUUUGAUUACUUUUACAUUCUUUAUUUUUUACUAUUUUCCCUCAAAUUUACUUUAUCAAGUAUGUACUAGCAAUACUUUUAUACACUUU